AUGUCCUCUGAAAAGAAGCCCUCGAUUACCCUACCCUCUUCGUUACAGACUGGCGGGAGAAUCAGUCCUUCUCCACAAGGCCUUAGGCAGCGUCCACUGGGCAGAGCAUCCACGUUCGCUGAGGAAAACGCACGGUUGAACCGUCGAUCGAGCUCAUUCCUCUCUGAAAGUCUAUCGGAGACUCGAAGGUCACUGCGCUCAUCGACAGACGAUAUUCUACGGCCACGUCUCAAAGAAGUGGAUGAGAAUGUUGACCACGACGAAAAUUCUCACUGGCAGUCGCUGCCUCUGGGCCUUGCCCUCCUCCCUGCUGUUGGAGGCCUGUUCUUCACGAACGGUAGUGCUGUCAUUACUGAUGUGACCUUACUGGGCCUGGCUGCUAUAUUUAUGAAUUGGGCGCUGAGAUCGCCGUGGGACUGGUACCGAGCUGCUCAGAGCCAGAUCUUGCCAGAGUCGACCACUCCGCCGGUCUUCACGCCGGUCGAUGAAGUAGAUGAAGAGGAGGAUACCAAACCCAAGUCUGGCAGCGGCGAAGCGAUUGCAGGGGGGGUCAAUUCUGUCUCCCUCGAUGCUGGUUCAAGUACCUUGCAUGCAAAAAGGACUUCUGCUCAAAAAGAGCUUCGCUUUUAUGAAGUGGUUGCACUGCUGUGCUGUUUCACCUUCCCUUUGCUCGCUGCAUGGCUUCUUCACGGUAUCCGGUCGCAACUCAGUCGGCCUUCUGAGGGACUGGUCUCCAAUUACAACUUGACCAUCUUCAUAUUGGUCGCUGAGAUCCGACCUCUUUCGCACCUGAUCAAGAUGGUUCAACGGCGCACACUCUUCCUCCAACGCAAGGUGAACGUGGAUAUGCUCGUCGAAGAUAAAAGGAUCGACAAUCAACAACUCAUGGACGUCUCUCGUCGACUCGAAGAGUUGGAGAGUCAUGUUGCAGAUCAGAUUGCGGCCCGAUCACCACAAGAGACAGAUUCGGCGGGAAAUGCUCUCGACGCUAAACUACCAGGAGUAGUACGGUCCGAAGUCCAGAAGACUGUCCAGCCUGAGGUCGAUGCCCUGAAUAGAGCUAUGCGUCGAUACGAAAAGAGAACCACUAUCUCAGCAGUCCAGUUCGAGGCGAGGCUGCAGGAUCUCGAAGCGCGACUGAAUGAUGUUGUCUCCCUGGCUGCAGCUGCUCAGCGGAACGCAGAUCGAAAACCGGACAAAUACAUCGUUGUCCUGACGAAUUGGAUAUGCGCGAUCGUUGUGGUUCCUAUACAGUAUCUUCUUUCUCUUUUGAGCCUUCCGGGUAAAGUUGUUACAGUAGUCUUUGCUGUGCAAAAACGAUAUCUUUGGAAAACACCCAAGACUCAGUCGCCCAAAGAUGGCCGACCACCCCGAAGGAAUGCACCUGUGCGAGCCAGCGAACGCGAGAGGAGACCUAAGGGAGCUCAGGUUGUCAGUCAAGGACAUUGA